AUGCCAGUAUCACACGUUGGCUUGACUGUUUCUCACGUUCCUUCUGCGUGUUCCUUCUUCCUCUCAGCACUGCAGCCUCUCGAUUACAAAUACGUCGGCAACCAAGGCGAGUCUGUCGGGUUUGGCACCGACGAUGCUGACUUCUUUCUGAGUCCUGAAGUACCUGGUAUCACACGUAGUAAUGCACAUGUGGCAUUUUCCGCGACGAGCAAAGCAGCGGUGAGGGACUUUUACGCCGCCGCACUUACCGCUGGAGGUCGUCCGAAUGGCGCACCUGCCUUCAGGGGUAGCAACGAUUGCAUUUUCAAUGCUGCAGUUCUGGACCUCGACGGCAACAGUAUCGAAGUCAUCUACCACCAACUGGAAGACGAGGAUGCAUACACUACUAUCUCAGGAGGCAGUCGUGUGCUUACAUGGAGAAGAGGCAUCGUGAACGUCCUGGGUGACGAGGAUAGAACGACCUUCGCGUCAGCACGAAGAAGCCACCCUAAUGUCGACGCUGAGUCCACAUCAAGCGUUGCCGACCCCAUACCUCGUUCCAAGACCCCUAGCCUCGCCAGGACUACGUCAAUACCAGCAGUCCCAACUUCGCAAGCCUCGAGCUCCGAUCUCGGAUUCCAAAUCACUGGCAAAGCCAUCAUAGGCACUAUCCUGGGAGCUGCAGCUGGUGCAGCGGUUGCAUAUGCCAUGGUGAAAAGCGAACAAGAUAGUGCGCAACAAGAUGCAGACUUUGCCGAAGCAGUGAGUAGAAGGCCUGCAUCGAGCAGAGCAUCAAGUAAGGCACCUAGCAAGAUUGCCCCGAGUCAAGCUCAGACUAGCAAGCCAAAGACCGAAUUGAGCUCCGCGACAACGAGUAAGACAGCAUGGCGGUCGCCCGAGCAAACCGCUGAGAGUGUGAAAUCACGGCCGAGGAUGAGAGUCCAUCGUAACUACAGUACCACGGAUUCCGUGGUUGCGUCUAGAGUGAUGGAGCAGUUCAGCGAUACCGAGUCUGGCGUUCCUCUUCGACCACGCAAAGCACGCUCAGUGAGAGCUAUUGAAGCGGCUCCCGAACCUCAAACCAUCGACACCAAGAGCUAUCACGGUCCUACCUAUGUUUCUCUGGCGUCUACUUCGAGAGCCAGUAAGAAACUCGAGGAGUCUGAAGUAGUCUACAUACCGGCAUCGCGAUUUGUCUCUCAGGUGCCGACGAGAUCCCCCUCGAGCCCACCAUCGGUAGCUCCCAUAGAAAGGCGAAUUGAAUACAUUCCAGCAUCGGUAGUGGGGCCCCGACCAUCUAUCGUAUCUCGUCGGGCAGUCACAUCACCUCCAUCUAUGUGCAAUACGGAUCGCCAGAUCGAGGAUGUUCCGAUACAGUCCCAAGAACGGCCAUCACAAGAUCUUGUGGUUGCACGUCGAGACAGUGCGAUGAGCAUGUACUCGACACAUUCGAGCAAGAGCAAGCAUAGCAGACAUUCACAUAGAGACUCUCCUAGGAACCACCAUGAUGAGAGAAGAGACGGCUCUCCUAACCCAUUCAGUCGACACUCUCAUCGAUCUAGCAAGCAUCGGGAUUUGUCGGUUACAAGCCGUCGAAGUGAGCAUCGAGCAAGCUCUCCAGAUCGAUCAAGCGGACAUCGCGAUUCGUCCAGUCAUCGUUCUACAAUUUCGAAGCUAUCAUCGAAACUUCGCUCUGGUGCACACAGAGAUGAUUCACCAUAUGAUGGCUCCGAUACGAGCACCAUCAAAGCCAGUCAAGUCAACGGAUCACGUUAUUACUCUGCUGCCGGCAUAGCGCUACCUGAAUCUCGCAAGACAUCAGUUGUUACAGCGGCAGAACUUCCUUUACCAGUUUCAAGAAAGACGUCAGUGGUUUCAGCCGCAGGAUAUUCCUUGCCCAUCUCGAGAAAGACAUCCGUUGUCUCGGGUGCAGACAUGCCAUUGCCAGACUCCAGGAGACCAUCUCUGGUAUCAGCAAUGGAAAGACCCCUGCCAAUGUUCAGGGCUGCUUCGGCAACCUCGGCUCACCAUAUCGCUCUACCGGAAUCGCGGGCAGGGAGUAUCGUUGGUAACAUCCUUGGGCGUCAGGCGCCGGUGCACGACGGCGCAUCAGCUGCUGGCAUCUCACUGCCAGAGUCUCGCAAGACUAGCCUCGUAGGAAGUCUUCUUGAGAGCGAUCCAAUACCUCAAAUCGAUGAUCUGGAGACUGUCGCUCCAGACGAUAGCAUAUCUUGCGUAGCAUCUCGUCACACUCGCCAUCAACGUGAUGAGUCUCGUCACCGCGAACGCAGCCAUGAUCGUGAGUCCAGAAAGUCGAGUUCGAGCAAGAAGCACAGACCGAGAUCACUACAUGGUGAAGGGUCGAGACGAUCGAGUAGACAUUCUGAAGCGGGCAGCUGUGCUACUGUCAAGCCUUCCAGGAGCAGUAGAUACAGUGCUGCUAGUUUGCCUAUUCACGCGAGGAGUAGAACUGGUAUUGAGAGAGACGAGAAGAGGGGUCAGAGAAGUUUUGUUAGUGUCGCAUUUGGAGGCUGA